CGCAAUUCUGCUAAUCUUUCGUUUGCAAUUCUGCUAAGCUAAGAUACACUCCCAGAGGGCGGCGGCCUAGCGUGUGCAAUGCUGCUAAAAUCUGCUAGCGAGCGAACAACUCGGAAUGAGGGCCAUGGUUUUGCCCAACUGCUAACAAAAUUCCUGCUGCGUUUAACUUGGAAUUACCCCCAUGGUUUUGCCCUUUAGCUAACAUAAUUAGGCCCUUGGUGUGUAUGGGACUUGUAGUUCUCUGGCCGCACAUACAGUUUCAUUCCAGCUGUUAAUGAAUUCCAGGACUCUGCCAGUUGUCGGUUCUUCAUACGCUGUUCCAGUAUUGGAAUACACACCAUUUACCAGCGGACAGGAUGCCCGUUGUCAAGAUCCUGACAGCAGCAUACCACCCGCCAGAAUGCCGGCAGCGGGGCGAGCGCAAAGUGUCCCCUUGCGGGCUCGGUUGCUCGCUGCGCUUGCCACAUGAUCUAUUCUCACUCUAUGGGGGGUAUUCAAAUGUUUGAAAAGUCAGUUGGGUUUCUGGUUUUUCCUAUCUAAUAGAAAAAAAAAGAGACCCAACCAACUUUUCAAACAAUUGAAUAUCCUCCUAUGAGUCUCGUGGACACCCACGAGUGGGAAUAGUCCUGGGUUGACGGGAUACCGGCUGGCGGCACAGUCGACUGUCAGGAUUCUGGCAUUGGUAUCCUGACCACCAGGAUCCCGACAGCCAGCAAAUUGAACGGAUCCCCCAGUAUCAUUCCUGCUGUACAUGAGCACUACCAGUCUCCUGUGCAUUAACUGAUCUCAGCCCAGCACCUGUUCAUUUGCUGGUCUCAGCCCAGUCUCCAGUAUUACCUCUAGUGUAAUCCAGUCUCCAGUAUUACCUCUAGUGUAAUCCAGUCUCCAGUAUUACCUCUAGUGUAAUCCAGUCUCCAGUAUUACCUCUAGUGUAAUCCAGUCUCCAGUAUUACCUCUAGUGUAAUCCAGUCUCCAGUAUUACCUCUAGUGCAAUCUAGUUCCAGUCUCCAUUAUUACCUCUACUGCACUCCAGUUCCAGUCUCCAGUAUUACCUCUAGUGCACUCCAGUUCCAGUCUCCAGGAUUACCUCUAGUGCACUCCAGUUCCAGUCUCCAGGAUUACCUCAAGUGCACUCCAGUUCCAGUCUCCAGUAUUACCUCUAGUGCACUCCAGUUCGUCUCCAGGAUUACCUCUAGUGCACUCCAGUUCCAGUAUCCAGUAUUACCUCUAGUGCACUCCAGUUCCAGUACAGGUUGAGUAUCCCAUAUCCAAAUAUUCCGAAAUACGGAAUAUUCCAAAAUACGGACUUUUUUUUAGUGAGAGUGAGACAGUGAAACCUUUGUUUUUUGAUGGCUCAAUGUAUACAAACUUUGUUUAAUACACAAAGUUAUUACAAAUAUUGUAUUAAAUGACCUUCAGGCUGUGUGUAUAAGGUGUAUAUGAAACAUACAUGAAUUGUGUGAAUGUACACACACUUUGUUUAAUGCACAAAGUUACAAAAAAUAUUGGCUACAAUGACCUUCAGGCUGUGUGUAUAAGGUGUAUAUGUAACAUAAAUGCAUUCUGUGCUUAGAUUUAGGUCCCAACACCAUGAUAUCUCAUUAUGGUAUGCAGUUAUUCCAAAAUACGGAAAAAUCCCAUAUCCAAAAUACCUCUGGUCCCAAGCGUUUUGGAUAAGGGAUACUCAACCUGUAUUACCUCUAGUGCACUCCAGUCUCCAGGAUUACCUCUAGUGCACUCCAGUCUCCAGGAUUAUUCUAGGGCACUCCAGUUCCAGUCUCCAGUACUACCUUUAGUGCACUCCAGUCUCCAGGAUUACUUCUAGUGUACUCCAGUUCCAGUCUUCAGUACUACCUCUAGUGCAAUCCAGUCUCCAGUAUUCUCCUGAGUACUCCAGAAUAUUCCAGUUCAGUGCCUGCUAGUCCUACAAAUUGUCUUAGUCUGCAAUAUCUUCGAAUAGACUCUAGUUAUUUCAAGUAUCCUCCUGAUAGCCUAUGAGGAAGUCCUAUAUACGUCCCUCCAGCGGAAGACCAGAGCAUGGGAGCUGGUGCUCUCCAGGCCUUUGCGGCCUGACUUGAAAAUCAGGAAACUGUUCAACAGCAAGUGACGCAGUGUUUACAAGGGCUUUCAUCUCCGCUAGACAACAUACAGGCAUCAUUGAAUACCUCUGUUCCCGUUUCUAAUGUGACAUCAUCCAUUCCAGUUUCUCCACCAGUAUCUACCCACUAGCCUCGUCUCCAACUUGCAAUCCAUAGUAGAUAUGAAGGUGACCCCAAGCUCUGAUGUGGUUUUCUCCACCAGUGCGAGAUCCACUUUGAACGCCUACCACAUAAUUUACCAACACCAAGAACAAGGAUUCCGUAUAUUAUUUCCCUUCUGUCUGGCUCCGCUUUAGACUGGGUAUCCCCAUCAUGGGACUGAGCAGGUCCACUUAUGUCAGACUAUCCUGGAUUUAUUUCUGCCUUCUGCAGAAUUUUUGACGAGCCUGCCAGAACAUCCUCUGCCUCCGCUGAUAUACUUCGCUUGUGUCAAAGGACGCAAAAUGUUGGACAGUUCGUGGUACAAUUUAAGACUGUUGCUUCUGUGCUUUGCUGUAACGAUGAUGUAUUAAGAGCCACUUUCUGGACUGUCCUAUCUGCGAAAAUUAAAGAUGAACAUGUUUCUGGUGAUCAUCCAGAGAGUCUAGAUGAAUUAAUUUUGCUUUGUAUUAAAACUGACCUACAUGUGAAUAGAAUACAUUGUUUGCAUAAUGACAGAGGUGGAUAUACAACCCCCAGUAUAUCUCUAGCCAUUUUGCUAAAUACUAUGCAUCUCUCUAUAAUCUAUCAGUGGAUCCCUUAACCCCUCAACCCAAUAUGGACACCAUGGCCAAUAUUUACUAAUAUUCGUGUUUGUGUCGGAUUGUGUAGUGUUUAAACUCGUCUUGUAUCGGGUGCAUUUUCAUGCAACUUUUUGAAACUAUAUACGCCAAGUUGCGAAGCAGUCGACUUUAUGCUUUUCGUGUUUUCCGAUGUCGAUGCCAGUCGUUUUUUUUUGGCCCAUUUGCGGCCGUCAUUGUUGUUUGCGUACGUAUUUUUGUUUUUUUGUGUGUUUUUUUUCCCCGCGGUCGCAUUUUCACUUUUAGUUUAGUUUUUCCUCCCUGUUCGUGAUUGGUUGUGUUUCAGAUGGUAGGAGUGUCUGUGCGCAACCAUAUAAAUACGUCCCAAACCAUCCGCACCUCGUGGGUUUAGUUAGUGGUGAGGAGGGAGGUUGUGCUGUGGAGGUUGGUGAGUAGUUGGUUUGGUGAGGAGUUUUUUGGGCGAUUUCUGAGUGCAGUAUUGUGUUUGAAAGUAGCCUUGUCAUUCUUGUAGUCUUGUUUUUUGUGGUUUUGUCUCAUUUUUGGUCCAAGUUUUUUUUUAUAGUCCCUUGUCAGUGUGUGUGUGUGUGUGUGUGUGUGUGUGUGUGUGUGUGUGUGUGUGUGUGUGUGUGUGAUUUGUGCAGUGGUAGCUGCAGAGUGUGUUGUUUGUCUUUUUAUUUUUCUGUGUUAAGUGUUUAGACACACAAUUAUGUGUGACUCACAGUGGGUGAGGUGGAGGGUGUGAGUGAGGGGGAGGAGGUCGGUCAGGUGGAGGAGGUGAGUUUGAGUGAGGUUAGUGAGGUGGAGGAGGUGGGUGAGGUUGCUGCAGCAGCCUCAAGUGACAGUGAUAGUGACAGUCAGAGUGCUCCGCAGCCACGCACCACUACUAAGACUGGGCGGAAUGUCAAGUUUACUUAUGCAGAAAAUGUGGCAUUGGUGGGGGAGCUGAUGAAGUAUCAGCGGCAGCUAUUUGGCCCUGAGUCCGCCAAGGUUCCAACACGGAAGAAGAUGGUGUUGUGUGUGAAAGUUGUUGCUGCUGUCAAUAGUGAGGGGGUUGUCAAGCGGACGGAGGACACGUGCCGCAAACGGUACUAUGACAUAAAGCGACAUGUCAAGUCCAAAAUGGCCAAGGAGGCGAAGUCGGCUCGAAAAGCCGGUGGUGGCCAGCCCUAUAUUGCAAGAUAUCUGGAGUAUGAGGAGCUCAUGCGGAGUGUAAUACCUCCUGAAGUAGUCUCUGCAACCCAUGUCCGGGAUUCAGAUAGUCCCAGGAAGAAUGUGUUGGAAAAAAGCAGUACUGGUUGUCCGACAGUAACUCCCAUUACAUUUGAUGAUGUUGACGCGGCGGAAGCAGGUCCAUCAAAAGAAGUCAGGAGCAGCAGAAGUUGGACUUCAGUAACACAACAGGCAAAAAAAAUGGGCCAGCAAAGAAAGCAAGGUCUGAUGUCCAGGGCCAACCACAGCAGGCUACCCCGCCACGAAGAUUAUCGACAGUAUGUUCGGGCCCCACACUCCAAAUUUUGGACACACUUCCAAGACGUGAACCACACUCCCCUCAGCUUGAUUUCCUGGUAACAGCAUCCCUCCGCAACAUCAGCAAACAAGCAGCAGUUCUGGUACGACUACUCCAAAUAUCACGCCAAUGUCAUCACCACCAAGACGCUCCACCAGAGCACGCCAACAUGACAGUGGUAAAGGCAAAGGGCAGGACAAGCAGCCAACCAAAAUCAAUUAACAUUGAAAACUCACAUUUUUUAUUUCAGAGAAGUAAAUCGUAAGUGUAUGUUUGUUAAAAAAAGAUAUAACACUUAGCUCCUUGACAAUUUGAACAACAUCAUUAAUGAGAAGUGGUACAAACAGCAACAGGAAAUUCGUAUGCACAUUUAUUCUGUACCAUUUUUGCAAUUUUUUGGAGGAGGGAAAUGUUUGUGAUACGCAUAGAUGUUAGCAGGAAGUAACCAGACCACUUGAUUUUUUUCUAAUCAUUACUCUUUCUAGAUUCCAAUCAAUCUCAGAUCCUGCACACACAAUAAUUGGCAGCCAGGCAUAAUCAUCCAUGACAAAUGCAACUUACAAUGUGAAUUAAAACUGGUUUACAUUUCUUCUGUAGAGGACUUUACAAGAAAAACACAAUAGAGUUGUGUAAAAGUGUCCUAAUAUGUUUGUGUACAUUUAUAAUUUUUCAUAACCAAAAUGAAUGACAUUAUUGUUGUGGCAUGUUUGUGUGUGUAAAAAAUUAGUAAUCAUAUUUAAAAACCUGAGUCACAACCCACAAAAUAAAAAAGAUUUUAACUUUUAACACUAAUGUGUGUAAUAAUGGAUAUAUGAUGAAAAAUGUGUAUUGACUUUUAAAAGUCCAAAUUUACUCCAGCAAACAUAAGGCAAUAAAUUAUUUUGGAUGAGACAA